CUGACAAUGAAAAACUUCACUUCUGCCAAUAAUACGUUGGCACCCUGGACGGACCACACUGUAGAAUACAAGGUCAUCAGUGCGCUUUUGGUGCUCAUCAUAUGCGCUUUGGGCAUGGUGGGUAACGUGAUGGUCAUUCUGGUGGUCCUCACUACCAAGCACAUGCGAACUCCGACCAACUGCUACCUGGUGAGCUUGGCGGUGGCAGACCUGAUCGUUCUGACGGCUGCCGGUUUACCCAGUGUGGCGGACAGCGUUUACGGAUCGUGGAUGUUUGGGCAUGCGGGUUGCCUGGGCAUCACGUAUUUCCAGUACUUGGGAAUCAACGCGUCCUCAUGCUCCAUAACUGCGUUCACAGUGGAGAGGUACAUUGCGAUCUGUCACCCGAUCAAGGCGCAAUCCUUGUGCACGUACGCGCGGGCAAAGCGCAUCAUCCUGGCAGUCUGGCUGUUCACCUCGCUUUACUGUGUUAUGUGGUUUUAUCUGAGUGAUACAGAAGAGAUCGUGUAUAAAGACGUGACAGUUGUGACCUGCGCAUACAGAGUGUCCCGCAAACUUUACAUGCCCAUCUACUUUUUCGACUUCGGAGUCUUCUUUGUGCUGCCGCUUGCGCUGGCAACCAUCCUAUACGGACUGAUCGCGAGAAUCCUGUUCCUGAACGCUAUACCCAAACAGAAUGUGAAGAACGGGCAGCAUGGCAUCGGCAUCAAACAUUCAACACAGUGUUCAAGCACAACGGCGGCAUCCAGGAGACAGGUAAUUAAGAUGUUGGCAGUAGUGGUUAUUCUGUUUGCUUUGCUGUGGAUGCCUUACCGCACUCUGGUGGUGGUCAACUCGUUCAUACAAGAGGCCUACCUGGACACCUGGUUCCUGCUUUUCUGUCGAAUCUGCGUAUACCUCAACAGUGCCAUAAACCCCGUCAUCUACAAUGCCAUGUCGCAGAAGUUUCGUGCUGCCUUCAGGAGGCUGUGUAUAUGCAGCUCUAAGCCUCAGAUGAAGCAGGCUGCCUAUAGUGUUGCACUGACCUACAGUACUGUAAAGGAAACAUCUAUGAUCGAGAGUACAGAGCAUUUUCCAACUGAGAUAGAUGAUCUCAGUGAUGCACCAAAUGGUCUGAGAGAAGAAUUGACACCCAGCUAGAAGGUUCUGGAGCAGGAGAGAUGGCUAAAGAUGAUCAAUUGUGUGUAAUCUUUUAAAAACAGAAAAACCUCCAU